AUGAUAGCAGAUGUCCUCGCACCGGUUGCACCGGCGUUUUUCUCCACCGCUGCAGUGGUCACAGCUACGGUGGCCGCGAGGCGGCCUCUCCAGGAUGAUGGAGCGGUUCGUGUGGAAGCGCUCAAACAGGUCAUGAGGGCAGACUUCAGGACAGCACUUUGUGCUUGGAGCGUUUGGCUUCUGGUUGUUUUAGAGGUAGGCACGUGCACGGCCUACCCCUUGCUUGCCUUGUUCCUGAACAACACUCUGCUGCUGCCGCUGGCUGGACUUGUGUUUUUGAUUGCCAUCGCACACAGCGGAUGCAAUCUGUGGUCAUACUCGCGAAGUAUGAAACUUGGAUGCUGUUUCUUACUCUACUACUCCUUCGCCGUUGCCACAUCUUCGCUGCAGCUCUCCAAAUGCGGCAAGGGCACUGUAGACGACACCUGCGAACAGGCGCCGCCGUUUUUGUUGGCUGCAUGUCAAAGUCAGGAGUUCCAUGGUUUCGAUAGGUGUAUGGAAACUUCGCCUUGGUGGUUUGCAAAUGCAUGCAUUGUCACGGGCAGUACAUGCCGUUUAUUUCGUUCCGAUGACCGCUGGCUGCAACUCGCCAGUGACACUGUGGGAUCCGCCGCGGACCAUGUGUACUACGCGAUGGCGGUCCUCCCCGUGGUAUUACCGCUUGUCUCGCUUAUCCUCUGGCUGGCAUUAUGCUGCCUACUGUCUUGCGCGUUACCGCGAGCAUUGCCGGAAGGUGGCUGGCGGCACCAGGUAGAGGAGCGUGUUGAUUCCAUUGAGGAAAAAAUGAAACAAGGCACGUUCAAGCCCAGCAGCUAUUCUCGAGGGUCACUGUACAUGGAAUUUCUGCUGCUUGUCAUUGAUGUGGUCUCCGAUAUCAACUGCAUCAUCACUUUCUUCGCGAUUGAAAAUCAUCCCGCUGCGGGAAUAUUUCAGACAGCCAUCUUGGUUUUGCCGGUCCUGUUCGAGCUUUGUCAGACACGGCGUUUCCAGCCGGUGGUGCUCUGGAAGGAAUUCAACAAGUCGCGAAGGCGGGGAUAUCGCACCGCCGGCUUCAUUCGCAUCGUCCAGGCGGAGAAGGGCUUGGAAGCGCCAUUUUCGUGUUUCUUCCAGCUGUCCAUCCUUUAUCGGAACACGAGCCCGCGAGCGUUUCUGAGUUGUUGGCUCUCCAUUUUUCUCAGCCUCCUUUCUACCGCCCAGUGUGCU